GUACCGACGCAGUCACUGUACAAUAAUUUUCACCAAUCGUUUUUUGUUUCAUUAGCUAUUUAGGUAUUUAUCAAAAUGUUUGAUAAAAUAAUAUUUAUGAGUUUCUUAUUAAUAAUACUUUUACAUAAGAGUAAAUCAACGACAGUUUAUAAAUGUGGUUCGAAAAAUAAAGAAGUUUUGAAUAAUACCCUGGUGAUGUUUGAAAAUUGUACUAUAUCUAGAUGUCCGUUAAAGAAAAACAGUACUAUGCACAUUGAAAUAAAAUUUAAACCAGAUAAAAAAAAUGUAUGUACAAAUAUCAUCGAAGAAGAUGGAACGAAGAAAAAUUGUCCUUUACAAAAAGGUAGUACAUAUAUAUACAAAGAUGAUAUAUACAUAAUUGAAACAUAUCCAAAGUUUAAGAUAGAUGUACAUUGGAGUCUAAAGGAUCCCAUUUCAAGAAAUGUUAUUACUUGCUUUGAAGUACCAGCAAAAAUUAUUGAUUAAUAUUUGAAUAGUUAAUGCUCUUAUUUAUGUGCCAAUAACUACUUGCCAAGCAUUCAAUU